AUGGGCUUCGAAAAAUUCGAUCGAUAGUGACAAUAGCAGAAAAUAGUGGCGGUGAAAAUUGCUGAAAUUCCUUUCUUUUAUGCGUCUUAUGAGAAUAAAACGGAGGAGCUCGUAGCAUAAGGUGGCUGUAUUCGGUCAACAAGAUACCAGAUCGUGUGAUCGUGUAAUAAUUUUUAUGUGACACGUUAUUCUCGCCAAUUUCAUCAAUCAACGUUACUUUUGCACACAUAUGUGUUCCGCUUAACCAUUAAACGAAUUUUACUCCUUUCACAUUAUUUUCUCACAUCGUAUUGCUGCUAAACUAAAUGCGAUCGACACAUGCGGCUGCUGCAAAUUCUAUGAAGAGCUGUUGAGCGGAAUCUCGUUGUUGGUUACAACACGCAGUCACAGGCGAGUAGCAAAGUCGCUGAUGUUGUGACAAUUGUAACCUGUUUUGACGGCAGCCUGGGAAGUUUGGCACGAGUGUAUCAAGCGUGUUCAACGAAAAUGAGUUCAAAUCAUCAUCUGAAUUCAUCGUCCGGCGAGAUAAAUCACAUUCAUUUUGUCUCUGAGGAUAUCGAGGCUUUGUACCUGUCUGAGGAAUAUGCAGACGUAACUCUAGUAGUGGCAGGUCAAAAAUUUCGUUGCCACAAGCUUAUUCUUGCCGCACGUAGCGAAUACUUUCGUGCUUUGUUGUUCGGAGGCAUGAAGGAGUCGACCCAGAGUGAAAUAGAAUUAACUGUAUCUUCAUUGCACGCUUUCAAAGGCUUGCUCAAGUACAUUUAUACCGGCCGGAUGUCUCUCACUAACGAGCGGGAUGAGGUCAUUCUUGAUAUCCUAGCUUUAGCGCAUUUAUAUGGAUUUAUGGAUUUAGAAUCAGCUAUAUCUGAUUACCUUAAAGAGAUAUUAAGCAUAAAGAAUAUAUGUUCAAUUCUCGAUACUGCAUUUUUAUAUCAUAUGGAAUUUCUAACUAAUGUUUGUUUCGAAUACAUGGAUGUGCAUGCAUCCGAAGUUGUACAACAUGAGAGUUUUCUACAUUUGAGUUCAGCUGCUCUAACUGAAUUGAUUUCCAGAGAUUCCUUCUGUGCGCCAGAAAUAGAAAUUUUUUCAGCUAUACGAUCAUGGGUUAAUAACAACCCUGAUGUUGAUUCAACCGAAGUACUAGCUCAACUCAGAUUGAGUCUGAUUCCAUUGUCGGAUCUUUUAAGUGUAGUAAGACCGUCUCAAUUAAUAUCGCCAGACGCACUGUUAGAUGCAAUCGCUGUACAGACGCAAACACCUGAUUCGGAACUUCCGUAUCGUGGCCAUUUGCUCAUCGACGAAAAUGUUGCUGACUCGUCUCUUGAUGCUCAAGUAUUACAAGGAGAAAUGCGUAGUUACUUACUUAAUGGUGAUGUUCACAAUUAUGAUAUGGAACGUGGUUACACAAGGCAUACCAUAUCUAACACAGAAGAGUAUGGAAUUCUUAUUAAAUUAGGAUCACAGUAUAUUAUAAAUCAUAUAAAAAUGUUACUAUGGGAUUUAGAUUUGCGAUCUUAUUCUUAUUAUAUAGAGGUAUGAAUAUUUUGCAACAAUAAUGUAAUAAAUAUUAUGUAUAUUGUACAAAUAUAUAGAUCUUUUUUAUCUUACUAUUAUUUAAUAUGGUAUUUUAUUAAAGGGAUCUAUGAAUCAAUUUAAAAGGUUUUUCAUCUUGUUGACUUUGAAGCAUAUUAUACAAAUCAUACAGAGAAAAUUUCACAAGGCUUCAUUGUACCCAUCAAAAACAUUGCUACUACCAUGCGAAGUGCGUGUGUCAUUGAAGGUGUGAGUAGGUCACGUAAUAAUUUAUUAAAUGGAGACACAUCUAAUUACGAUUGGGAUAGUGGUUAUACGUGCCAUCAACUUGGUUCGGGAUCUAUUCUAGUACAAUUAGGCCAGCCAUAUAUGAUAGGAUCAAUGCGAUUACUACUUUGGGAUUGUGAUGAUCGUUCUUACUCAUAUUACAUAGAAGUAUCAGGCAAUUCCUGGAAUUGGGUAUCAGUCGCUGAUAAAAGCGAGGAAACCUGUAAAUCUUGGCAGACGAUACGUUUUCCACCCCGUCCAGUAGUUUUUAUAAAAAUAGUGGGUGUUCACAAUACUGCAAAUGAGGUGUUUCAUUGCGUUCACUUGGAAUGUCCAGCGCAAGUAGAUGAUAAGAAUUCAAAAUCGCCAAUGGACAAGGAAGCACAAACAUCAACAUCAUCGGACGGUAAUAAUUCCAUACUUCCUCUUCCUCCUCCGCCUCUUCCUGAGGUAGCCACAGAAGCGGUUCACAUUGAUAGUGAUGAAUCGUAAUUAAA